AUGGAUCCCAAUGCGGAGCAGGACAACCAGCCUUCCGGUCGAUACCAUGCGACGGACUGGAGAAACACCAUUACACCCAUCGUCACAGCCAUCGAGAAGAACGACGGCUUCUCUUACUUCAAGGUCACGGGCCUGCCCUCCGGAAAGAUGCGACAAAUUGCAAGUGUCGCAAGUCUCGCCACUGAAACACUCGGGAAAAGACCCAUCUUCAUCGUGCCUACUCGUCUGGAGAGCGAGUUUGUCUGGCUAAAUGGAGAGGAAAAGUCGUUCUUCGAGGCUAUGGACGAAGCAGGCACGACCAUCAUUGUCAAGCUUGAUGGCCAGCGCACCCUACACUCAGACUUCGGCCAGGUCGUCAUUCGCGACCACAUCUACCACCACUUUUUCGAGAAGACCAAGGGCUGGGCUUGCACCCUCGUGGUGAUGUCCUCGUUCGGAAUGCACAAAGGCCAAGCACUCGGAAGGCUGGCCUUUGAAUCCAUCGACCUGGGCUACACCUUGGCCGCUUGCGAAGAGGCCGAGGCCAAGCUCGAUCUCCCCUUUGAGAGAUUUGUGGCCGGAACCGACAUUGGACAGGCGACUAUCAAGCUAAUGCAAAGGGCCAUCAGUGAAGGUGAGACGGUCACGAUACUAUCCUUCGCCACGCUCGAGAACGCCGUCGAGGCCAUAAUAACGGCGCACGAAGCCGGCUGGCAAGUGUUCCACCUGAAAUCGCCUGCAGAUCUCAGAAACCUUCAACGCCAAUGUCGAUUAAUCCCACAGAAAACGUCCAUGUUCGUGAUCUCAGACCUGACCCCGGGCCUGACGACAUGCAGCGUGGACCUGCCCAACCUCAGAUACAUUAUCGCCACUGAUCGUGCGUGGAGGUUCUACUUCGAUGAUGACCAUUGCCAGACGAUGAAAGAUAUGGUCGGGCUCUCGCGCAUGGAACUGUACCAUCAGAUCGGCUACCUCCGCAAGACAACAGACCCGCGAGCGGUCAUUUAUGGCGACUUUGACCUUUCCACGGCGCUCAAGACGCGACCCUGGAGACCCGAACCGGCGUCCGAGGACCAGACGCCUUUCGAGUUCCUUUACACUUUUGCCAACAUGUGCUCUGACAUGGCCAUGGAGGAUGUUGCGAUCGAGAUGCCCUACCAAUACGACGUGCUCGACCACGUGCACCGAAUGCUCACGUUGAUGGGUAUCCUCGAGGAGGGAACUACGCCGGGUGCCUACAAGGUGAAGGAUGGCUGGCCCGAAAAGAUUGCCGACUGCCUUGUAGGUGGUGAUGCCGAAGUCAACGUCGACUUCUUCUCUGCAGCCAUGCUCGCUCAGACUUUCCACGGCUUCGAGAACGGCACACUGGACGAGGACGAGACCAGAGUGCUCAUCCGUCUGGCCGCCAUCAUGGAUGUCGCAAUAUCUUGGACCGCGGACGAAACGAGUCCCCCGUUGAUCAAAUUCAAAGGCCCGGCCGCAUCGUUCAAAGACGAGAGCUUUCCCUUGAUCCUUGACGUCUGCGGCGGCAUCACCAAGGAGUUGUUCCCGUUCGGAGCCUUGUGGCAGAUGCUGGGCAUCUGGGACACUUACCGGGUGAAGAUGGUAGACUUCAUGUCGUUCAACCACGGAGUCAACCGUCUCCUUACAACCGUCCCUGUGAACGAUGUCGUGGAGAUCAACCCGGGGCUGGCCGAGGAAGUCUACGGACUUGUUCUCGCUAUCGAGAAGGCAUUGAACAUGCAGAGUCAAUCCCCCUUUGAAGGGUUGCCUAGUCUCAGUGCCGACAAGGUGCACCAUAUCGAGGUCACCCUGGCAAGAUCUUGUCUGGCCCAUCUCGCGUUCUUCACACAGGAGCGUGAAAACGGGGCCUUUGACUACCGCUGCGUCGCGGCCGACUCUCAUGUCACCGUGGACAGUCGCAAGCCUAAGCCAGCCUGGAAUUGGAUUCUCGAGCCAGAAGACUAUGGCAAGAAAUUCUACCUUUUCUACCACCAUUUCAAGUGGGCUGACGACGGGGUGUAUGGCGCCAUUCAUUUGCCAACGGCCAUCUCCACGAUCGCACUCAAGGAGGCCGUCGGCAAUCGGUCGCUUGAAGACUUGGCCUCUCGGUUUCCGCAGGUUGGCAUGUUGCACAGAAGACGCAUGUAG